AUGGAUCCAAUAACGCACACAAUACUGACGACGACCAUCACAGCAAAUGAACUCGCACGACACGCGGAACAACCUGAUUCUGGACCUACAGGAGAGGAAGCGGCUAGGCUCGGCUUGUGUCACUUGCUUGAGGUCGAUCUACCAAAUCCAGAGUCCGAAGAAGGCCUGAUACCAACUCAGCAACACAGUCGUCGGGUGGAAUAUAGGCCAGGGAGGACCUCGGAGCUGGUGAUAGCGGCCCAAGUGAGAGAGCUCGUCAAGACCACAAAACACGGACCGGAGGACAGUAAUAUCCCGCCCAUCGACGCACUCCGUUUGUUUAACCUCGGGGAUUUUGAUGAAACACCCGGCAGACUCCUGGUUCAAGCAUUGGAUGGUGUACGACCACGCCUACUCGAGCUCUUCUGCAGAUUUAGGGAGUACUGUUCACUGAAUGAACUCGCGUCCCUCCAUACACCCUUCCCGCUGGAGACACUUAUCAUCACAAACGCAGCCGAACUUGACGGGACUCACGAAGAUGCGCAAUUCGCGCACGUAACCACCCUACGCCUACAUUAUUGCGUGGGUCUGAGGUUCACACGCCUACCGUCUCUGCUCAAGCCAAAGAGAUUGUUCUUAGAGGAGAACGAUGUGAUGGACACGCUCUGUCGUCUUGCGGAAAACACGCGCAUGCUGGAGGGGUUGGAGGAGCUUUUUCUCAGCAAUUCGAACGGAUCCGAUCUUGGUUGUUUCAAAUUCGAUCGAUUUAUUGCGUCUAUCCGGAAGAUGUCACACCUUCGAGUCCUGCAACUGUCUCACCAUAUGUACAGCAGGUGGAUGAAAGGCUACACGUUCAAUGCGCUUCUCGACGUUCUCCCUCAAACGAUCGAGUAUCUGAGGAUUUGGGUUGCGGCUGAGACUAUUACCGAUUCCGACCCAUGGGUCGAAAAAGUGCGAGACAAGACUUGGUUACCGAAUCUCAGGGAGUUUGCUUUGGCGCAAGAUAUGCCAAGUGACUAUGGAGGUAUGCCUAUGGCUGCUGGAGCAGUUUUGGAGCAAGUGGACGGACUCGAUCAGACAGGAGAGCGAACGGCGACAGUGGACAGCGUUUCCCGGGAGGUCAUCAAGGCGAUGAUGGAUUAUCGACCGGAGGUGAAUAUCCUGUGUGCAUGACAAAGCUCAGCAUGAAUGGGAAUUUCCUGCACAGGGGUAUUGAAGGAAACAUGUCUAUACCAUGGUUCCAUGUCCGGACGGGGAGGAAAC